GGGAAAUCAAGAACUAAAUGAGAGGGGUACGAAGACAUUGAGUUAAAUGACACUGCAAAAAUGUACAAGGAUGGCAGAGUACAUAGAUGUGUGGAUAAAAAUGUUGCAGUCAACCUUUGAGUUGGGACACCUUCAUAGAUAAAUAUUUAACACUUUGUUGUUCUUUGUUAUUGUUACAGGCUGAAGUAAAGACUAUUGAUGGUGGCAAGGAUCCUCCUAGAGUGAUACAUACAGAGCAACCAUCAUUAGCACUUCAUAGACAACUUGAUCAGCAUAGCACAACCAAACAAAAAGCUGAACUCUCUGCUAAACAUAAAACAUUGCCUCUGGACAGGAGGCGGAAUAAAGUGGGUGUGGUCAAGGGUGUGGCUCAAGGCGUGGCCCAAGGCGGGGCCCAAGGGAUGAACAAAGAGCCUGUAGAUCAAGAAGUGUCUAAUCAGAUAGGUGUUAACAGUGCUCAUAAAGCUGCCUUUGUUCAUCAAGCACCUAAUAUAGUUGCCAGCAACUCAUCAAAAUCGAAGCAUUAUCGCAGCAAACUAGUACGUGUUACACCGACUGGGAAUGCAACGUUAGUCCUGGAGUAUAUGUCCAAGUGCCCCAUUGAAAGUAAAGAUGCUAUAUCAGCACUGAGUCGGGCUCGAAGCAAGGAAUGUAAAAAGGAUAUUACAGACACAGUGUGUGCCACAUCUGAGAGAAACUUAUAUCCUCUGUCUUUGCCUCGCUUUUGUCCUUUUACAGGGAAGUAUGCUAAUGAGAUAGAGAACGAUGGUAAGUUCAUGUCAAUGGAUCAGCCGAGAGCUAGGAUAGCCUAUGUAUUGGUGGUCCAUGGUCGUGCACUCAGACAAGUGAGAAGGCUUAUCAGACUCCUCUACCAUCGAGAUCAUUUCUUCUACAUCCAUGUUGAUCAGCGUUCUGAUUACCUUCAUCGUGAGAUAAGUGCGAUCUCAGAGAGAUUUAGCAAUAUCCGUGUGACUCCAUGGCGCUAUGCAACUAUCUGGGGUGGAGCAAGUCUUCUUCAGGUUUAUCUUAGAGCUAUAGACGAUCUCAUUCAAAUGAAAGAUGUCAAAUGGGAUUUCUUCAUUAAUCUCAGCGAGUCUGACUUUCCUAUCAAAACUAAUGAGCUGCUGGUUGCAUUUCUGACAAAGAACCGAGAGUUUAACUUCCUCAAAUCUCAUGGAAGAGAUGAUAGCAGUCGAUUCAUCAAGAAGCAGGGCUUAGACCGCUUAUUCUAUGAAUGUGAUAAUCACAUGUGGCGUCUUGGUGACAGAGAGCUUCCUCAAGGCAUUCAUAUGGAUGGAGGAUCGGACUGGAUUACUCUUAAUUAUGAGUUUGCAAAAUACAUCUCAGAAGGGGACGAUAGUCUCCUCAAAGGACUCAAACAGUUCUACAAGUAUACACUCCUACCAGCCGAGUCUUUUUUCCACACAGUGAUUCAGAAUAGUAGAAUGUGUGAUAGUCUAGUGGAUAAUAAUCUGAGAGUUACAAACUGGAAGAGAAAGCUUGGUUGUCAAUGUCAAUACAAACACAUUGUAGACUGGUGUGGCUGCUCUCCUAAUGACUUCAAACCAGCAGAUUUCUACAAAAUCAAAACUGCCCGUCCAGCAUACUUUGCUCGUAAGUUUGAGCCUGUCAUCAACCAAGAAGUGAUUAACCAGCUAGAGACCUGGUUAUAUGGCAACUAUCCUGUGGGAACGCCUGCUAUUGAAUACUAUUGGCAGAAUAGCUUUCAUGAACAAGAUACAACUACCGUGGCAUCAGACGCAGAAAGAACCUUCUACCAUGCAAUAGUUAGACUCAUGGCCAAGUACAUCAACAUUAAGGUUAAGGGGAGUACCCAAGAGAAGGAAUGCAGGUUUAAAGUGAUGCCUCAACCUUUCCAAGUUCACUACAUAUUCCGUCAUGAUAGCUUCCAUGGGUUGGUUGCAUCGGUCAGUGGUUAUACUGAUAAUGGACAGUCUACUCUCAUGGAAGCAUGGCUGUCACCACACAAACCAUACAGAGUAGUCAGUGAGAUAGGUCCUUUCAAGCGUCUUGUUAGUAUGGAGGUGGGACUGGUUUUUGAUCCCAAAGAGCGAGUCUUCCGUAAGUUUGAGGGUGUAAUUGGACCUCAUGAUGACCCUACAAUCUUCAUCAAAUGGAAUCUAGGAGAAGCAUACACGGUUACUCUUACUUGGUUUGAUCCGACUGAUCAUAUAGCUGCAUCAUUUGACACAGGAGUAGAACAUGACAGAGAAGAGACACAUCACAAACCUGAAUUCAAUAAACCAAUACGCCCUGGUAAAUGGACAAUUAAAUUACUCUUUAACUGGAUGAUAGUAGCUGAAAUAGAUUUUCUUGUUGUACCUCUUUCUAUUAAAAAUGGUAUGACAAUCAAAGGUGCAGGAGGUGCUACAGUCAAUAAUGGUCCUACAAAUAAUGAAUAUGUCUCCAAAGAUUUCUCUGCAAUGCGUUACAUGUUUACACUGCGUGACACACCUGCAUUGCUAGUGGAAGCCAAAGAGAAAGCUCUCAAACAAGGUCCGGCUUUACUGGAUUGGAUAGAUUCUGAGCUAGAAAGCUUCUGGAAUGUAAUGGCAUUCUGUACAUCAUCUCCAUCACAGCCAGUCAGAACAAAGAUGAGUGAUUUAGAGGAGGAGGAGGAGCAGCAAUGUGAACACUUUCGGCCUUGUGAACAGCAGCAUUGGAGCUCUCUGUCUCCUGAUCCUAAGUCUGAACUUGGACCUAUUAAACCCAAUGGACGGAUUAGAUGAUAGCACAAUACAUGUAUGUUGCCAUUUAUAUGCUUGCCAUUUAUGCAGUACUUUGUUAAAUAAACAUGAACAAAAUAUAUACAUUCUAUCUGAGGAACUGCAAGUCAUCCAAGUCGGUCAACAUUUUGUUGUUGUCGAGGUACAUAUUUUAUAAAUUAUAACAAGAAGUGUCUUAUGUAUUGUGAUGUCUGUAAUUGGAUUCAAGUAAACAUCAAUGGAGACUAGAUCUUUGCUUUUAAAUGUUUGUAUGAGUGUGAUCCACUCUGUGUAGAUGAUCCACAGUCAUUUUUAAAGUCACUUCUUUUUGUGAUAACCAUACAAUUCUGUACUCUUUGUCUUCCAUCUGGAUACAAACUCCUCCAAGUGUAGGAUUCAUUUGUAGCAUUAUUGUGUGGUCACAGAUUAGAAUCAAGAGCUUUUUACAAGGUCAACAUUCAAUUUUGUGACAUGCUGAAAAUAUAUGUGUAGGUAUUACAGAGUAAUUUUUUUAUCAACUAAAUGUGUAGCCAAAGAAAGAUUGAAUAUCAUAUCAAAAUUGUGGCUUCUCUUUUCAGACAAUAAAAGGCAAUACGAAGUAUAACAGAAUGUAGUCAAAGCAAAUCAUGGUCAAGGUAGAAUUAAAUAUAUUUAUCACUUGUUCACCAGGGGAGUGUUUCACAAAGACUAAGAUCGACUUUAAGUUAAACUUUUAGUAUGGCAGGCCGUUCAUGCCA